AUGUUGGUCGAAGGGAUAAUUCUCUCAGCUUUCUUACAAGCUCUGUUCAAAGCUCUGUUCAAGUCGGUCAUGUCAUCCAUUUUCGAUGAAUUCUUCAGGGUCCGAGAAGGGAAGGAGAUGAAGGUGAUACUUGGGGAGCUGGAAACCAAACUUUUGACUAUAUGUGCAUGGCUUAGUUAUGCCCAUGAGGAACAAAUUACGAACCAGGCAGUGGAAGAUUGGGUCAACAAGCUGAAAGAUGCCGUUUACCAUGCAGAAGAUGUUCUCGAUGAUAUUUAUACAGAAGCUUCGCUCGGCAAAGAAACAAUCAGCUUGAAAAUUUUGCUAGAUAAGCUUACGAGUGUCAAGAUGAAGCUCGACUCUCUAGCCUCAGAGAUUGAAGUGUUCUCGCAACUGCCCACAACGCCAACACACACAAAAAGAUUGACUACAUCUCUAAUAGGAGAACAACGACCAAUUGGUAGACAAACAGAAAAGGCGGAAAUCUUGAAAUUGUUGACAAACGAUGACAAUAGCAAAAUAGAAGUGCUAGCCAUUGUGGGCAUUGGAGGGGUUGGCAAGACCACACUUGCACAGCUCCUGUACGAUGAGGAUCAUUUUCCAUUAAAAGCCUGGAUUCAUGUGUCAGAGAAGAUUGAUGUUUUUAGCCUUACCAAGAGAAUUUUUGAGGCAGUCACUCGAGGCACAUUUCCUUUUGAAGACCUAAAUCAACUCCACCUUAAACUGGAAGAAAGAUUGAAAAAGAAAAAGUUUCUGCUCGUUCUUGAUGAUAUGUGGAGUGAAUCUUUCGAGGACUGGAAUCUGCUAUGUCAACCCUUUGCAACUGCUGCUAAGGAGAGCCGAAUUAUUGCACUUGGUCCUCAGGAGCAUGAUCUAAAUCGAGAACUGGGAGAGCUUGCAGAACAAGUAGUGGGCAAGUGCCAAGGCCUGCCUUUGGCUGCGAAAGUAUUUGGCGGUUUGUUACGGUCUAGCCGAGAAGGUGAAUAUUGGAGGGGGAUCCUAAACAGUAAGAUCUGGACUCUUCCAACUGGUUCAAUCAACAUACUCCCUGUUUUACAGGUCAGCUAUCAUUACCUCCCCCUUCCCUUGAAAAGAUGUUUUGCCUACUGCUCCAUAUUUCCAAAAGGGUACGUCUUCGAAAAGGAAAGGGUAGUUCUUUUGUGGAUGUCGGAGGGACUCUUGCAUAAGGAUGAAGGAAACACAGAGAGGAUGGAAGCGGUUGGAGAUGAAUACUUUUCAGAACUAGUUUCAAGGUCUCUUUUCCAACGAGACAUUAUUGCUACAUCAAAGUUUACUAUGCAUGAUCUUAUCAACGAGUUGGCUCAAUUUGCAGCGGGAGAGUUCUGCUUCAAGUACGAGAAUCAAAUUCAAGGAAUGUCAGGAAAAACCAGGCACUUAUCCUAUUUACGUGACCAAUAUAGUGGUGAGGCUAUGAAGUUUGAGGUACUGCACGGGGUAAAGUCUCUGCGAACUUUUCUUCCUUUGAGCCUUAAAGAUUCUUCUCAAACCUGCUGCUUAAAUAAUAUGGUCAGAGAUAAGUUGCUUCGGGGUCUUACCUGCCUGCGUGUAUUGUCUUUGUCCCAUUAUAAAUUCACCCUGCUGCCCUCAGAUAUUUUCAAGAGAAUGAGGCACAUCCGGUACUUAGACCUCUCUAGAACUUAUCUCAAGACUCUUCCAACAUCGGUUGGUUUCCUGUACAAUCUCCAGACUCUUCUACUGUCUUACUGUCCCAAUCUGAUCCAACUGGAAGAAACAAUCUGCAAUCUUAUCAGCCUGACGUAUAUUGAUCUGACAGCAACGAAGUUGAACCAGAUGCCAAAAAGCUUUGGUAAACUGACGAGGCUCCAGACACUUACAACUUUCGUUGUUAGUGAUGGCAAAGGGGCGGCCAUUUCGGCACUUAAAGAUCUUACAAAGCUUCGCGGAAAACUUGCAAUCCUCGAGCUGCAUAGAGUUAAGGGAAUUAGCGAUGCAGAAGAAGCAGACUUGGAGGGCAAGACCCAUCUGAAAGAGAUAAACUUUACUUGGAGAACAUCAGAUCCUGUCAUGGGCAUUAUAUCAGGGACGCGUAAUGAAGAUGCCCUCUUUGACAUGUUACGCCCACAUAAUAAGAUAGAGAAACUCACCGUAGACAAAUAUUAUGGAAAUAGUUUCCCGCGGUGGAUGAGUGACCCUUCAUUCUCUAGCAUCGUAUAUUUAAGUCUCAGUGAAUGUCAAAGGUGUACGUCUUUGCCAUCUCUUGGUCGACUAGCAGGUCUCAAAGAGCUCCACAUUUCAAACAUGAGGGAUCUGGUAAGAAUAGGUCCAGAGUUUUACACAAGCAAUCCUAAAUCGCAGGGUCAAGAUCAGCAGCCGUUUUGGUCCCUUGAGAUGUUGACGUUUGAAGACAUGCCAAACUGGGCAGAGUGGGCAGAUGUAGAGGUCUACGGAGGAACGCUGUUCCCUAUGCUCCAGAAACUUUUCAUAGUAAGUUGUCCAAAACUGACCAGUGCUCCACCGGGCCUUUUCCCUUGUCUACUCUCUCUUCAUACUUGUAAGAGCGAAAGUAUAGUUGUUCAGCUGGAUGCCCCCAAGUACCCAAGGCUUCAACAACUAAACUAG